AUGGAGUCAUGGAACUUGUCGUAUCUUGUGAACAGAAAUAGUAAAAUUAUCCAAUCACUCAACGACUUGCCCCGUGGCCAUGGAAACGACCCUCCGGAGGUGCGUCCCUGCGAGGUUACAUUGACAAUCUUUGACAAUAUAUACAUUGGAACAAUCUAGUUUUUACAUGCAUUCAGACGUAUUACACCAUUUCUUUAUACAUCUGGGGAACGAGUGCUACGCUUUUCAAAUUGUGUGAAAUGUUUGAUGUUUCAUAGUUUUUGCCAAAGAUUGUAGAAGAUCAGAGUUCUCUGGUAGAAGAUAUUAGAGAACCACCCUAAUUUUAUCGGGUGUCCUUACUGUGCGGGUCAUUGGCUACGUGGCUACUUUACCCAGCAUGCUCCAUUUAGAUUGUUGUUCUUGUUUUCUGUAAAAUUUUAUAUAAGGUUUAUUUCAGCAAAGCUUAACAAUUAUGAGGGUAUUGAAACUUUCUUAUGCAUGGAUGUUUUACCUGUUGUUUCUCCAUACAACAGAGGGUUUUUACUUGCCUGGUUUAGCUCCAAUUUCGUAUUGUGAAAAGCAAGAUAGUGUCGAGGGAAAAUGUAAGGUGAGUAGCUUCAAUAUCUGAUCUCGAAACAGCAGGUGAAUAAAGUUGAAAGAAGCUGUAUUUAUAAACUUUCGUUUAUUUACACUGUAUGUGACAGUUUUAGCUAUGAAAUUGUAGGCUUUUACCAAAAAUUAGACCAUCGAUGACUUAACGUCCUUAAAUGUUGUGAAAAAUUCUAUAUUGCUUUAAUAGUUUUGUUCACUGAAGUGUCGCACACGUUAUUAAUUAAGUGAGAAGUAUAAAUGAGAAAGACGUUUAUUUAAAUUUUACUAGUAGUGAUUGCAAUUGAUGCCCUGACAUUUGACAAUGUUGAAUUGCAGUAUUAUUAUACCCUUACCAAAGCCACUCCACAUAUCAGGAAAUGUCAGUUAACUCAUGCAUAUUAUUAACCUAUUAAUUAAAGGGCCUAAGCCACAGGAGUAGCCUGCUCGCAGCCCGAAAUUUCGUUUAAAGGAUCUGCUGAGCAGGCUACAGCAGGAGAUCUCCCACAACUUUCUGAGUGUUGCCUCAAAGCUACCGCAUAGCCACACCUUCAUAACAUUUGCAGCCACACUUUGUGUUUCUGCCAUUAACAUUUCAGCAGUUUGGAAUAUUUACAACAUGUGCCCUACUUUGUUAUUUUACUGAAACCAGCAAUAAGAUAUCAGUCAAGUAGUCUAGUCAUGGACACAAAGUCGCAUAGUCAUUAGUCAACACACAAAAAAUCAAAAGAAAUAUGUCUUACAUAAAAGAAAUUGUGGCAGUAGUUUUACCUAGCCAGAAUUCUUUUGCAGGAUCAUCGCUAACCGGAGAAAAGACGGAUGGGAAAUUGACCGCUUUUACUUAUUACUGGCUAGAUCGCAAGCUUUACAUUUCUACUGCAAUAAACCUACCGCAAUAAACCUACCGCAUUGCUGGUUUUGUCAAGUUGUCUACCACAUCAGAGCAUUAACAAAGCAGCCUCCCCCAAAAGGUUUUCCAUUACAUACGCUUUGCCCGUACAGGUUAUACGGACACUAUGAGCAUGUGCCAGAAGCAGUGUUGUAACGAGUCACCUACAGGUCGAGUCGAGUCACUCAAAGGUCGAAUCGAGUCAUUUCAGUUUUAGAUCGAGUCGAGUCAGUGACUUCACUCAAGUCGAGUCAGCGGCUUCACUCAAGUCGAGUCACUGGUUUAAGUCGAGUCAAUUGCUUGACAUGAGCUACCCUAGCUUGCAGUCGGAAAUUAGUAAUCAAAUUUGUGUUUUAAACUAAUUACUUUAGUCAUUUAAUAACAGCAGCUAUAGGUUGUACCCUCUAUCACAGUUCUAGUCAAUAAGUACAACCACAUGACAUGUCUCAUCAUGCCUGCUGAAAGAGUACGUACAUACAACUAGCAUAAUUUGCAACUGGAGUCAGAAUUAACAAAGAAUAGACUUUAAUUAAAUUAACCACGCUUUGUAAGUUAAUUUGAAAUUAUACAACUGUAUCCCUUCAUAAAUACCAAAAAUGAAAAUAACCUGUCAGAAUUAGUAUAAGUACAAAAAAAUUUGAGACCUAUGUAAUAUAGGUAUGCCCGUAAGGAAUAUAUUCUAUGCAAAUCCCAUAUAUUUUCUGAUAAAGUUUAGAAGUUCUCAUUGUUUACAGGGCUCAUUGCUCUUCCCAAGCAAUACAAUCGCAAUAAUUCUGAUGAAUUUACUCUGUACAAGUUGUAGCUGAGUUGACUCGAGUCAUUUACGGCAAAAUCAUCAAGUCGACUCGAGUCAUUUGGGGCUGUUGACUAAUUGAGUCGAGUCAUUUUUCGUAUUGGACUCGAGUCGCUGAAAAUAGUGACUCGAAUCCGAGUCAAUGACUCGACUCAUUACAACACUAGCCAGAAGGUUAUGGCAUGACCACGAGCGGCUCUGCUUGUGACAAGCAUGUGCAUGCAAAUUUUCAACUUUCAAAGUACCCCAUGGGGCAAAGCAGAUGUAAUGGGAACUGGCCUUAGUUUAUUUAUUAUCAGUUUUGCAGUAAGGGCACUGAGAGCUGCAAAAUUGUCCUGUAACCUUAAGUUCAGGAUUUUCAAAAAUAUAGCCCAUUUGUUUAAAUGUUUUGAGCAAAAGGACAUAAGUUAAAAGCACUAUAUUAUACAGUAUAUUAAGAGCGCUAGUAUUUUUGUGAAUGAAUUUUAUGAUUGAAGCCUGACUGUUCAUUGUUUGAAUUAAUUCAUUCAAACAGCUUCUAAAUUGUGGAGACUGUAUUUAUUUGGCUUGAUAUCUGAAAUAUUAUAUGGGUGGGGCUUUAAUUAAAAUGCACCGACCAUGCUUUAAUGCUUUAAUGAAAUACUCCUAAAACAGUAUUAUACUACACUAGGAGGAGUUAUAUAUACUGAAAAACUAGAUAAUAUUUAUUUACAAGAAAUUAGUCUUCAUAAUCACUGUAUGACACAUAUAUUAGGCAGUGAUUAUAGAAUGUGUUGUUAUAUGUUAUUAACAACAACAAUGGCAAAAGCGACAAACGACAAUAACAACAACGACAACAACUCUAAGACUACAAAACGAACAUAUAGUACAAUACAAACGAUUCGAAACGAUACUAAUUAGGUACAUUAAGCUAAUUAGCUACCAUUGGGUAGGAGGGGGUGCCAAUAGGCAUAAGAUGCACGCAAUCUCAUGUUACUCAUAUUCUUACUCAUUUUUAAUUCACAAAGUUGGAAGUUAUGCAGUUGAUUAAUGCACUGAGUGUUAUCAUUAGCCUGCAUAACUUAACUAGCCCUCAUGUGGCCCUGGAGUGAGCCUGAAAGAAAACCCAGCAUUCCUGACUAAAAACUACAGAUUGAAGUAGGUUGCUGUUAACAUCAUUGCUGUAAAAGUUAUGUAAUUUUUGUACUGUAACUAGUUGACAGUUACUGUAGAUCAUCAGAAAAGUAACUAAAGUAGUUACCGAUACAAGCUACAAUCAAUGGAAUAAAAGUAACUAGUUACCAUGACCAGAUUUUGAGGGGAGGCACCUCCCCUAAGAUCAUUUUACACCUCCCAGGUGAGUUUUUGUGCCUCUCUUGAUUAACGCCAUGCACCUUCCCGUCUGAAAGGUUAAAUGAUAUAUCAAAGUGAACACAAUGAAGGGCAAAGUCAGAUGGGUCAUACAGUCAUAAUCUAUAAAUACACUGAAACAGUACAUACAGUAUGUCACAUAGUUGAUGUUAAGGAGGGGGUUGGUUCUAAGCCCUAAUUGCCCAUGCGAGUCAUGAAUUAGACUGUUGCACCUCCCCUAAAUUUUUUCCACCUCCUCCACAAUUUCUACCAAAAUCUGGCCUUGUUAGUUACAAAGUUAAAUAAUACAAAAUAGCUGAGCAAAUUAUAAAUACAAAAUAGCUGAGCAAAUUAUGUCAAACCUAUAUUAAUAUACUGUAAUGCCAAGCAAUAGCAUGAGGAGAUUUAUGGAUUGUGUUAUGUCAAUUGUUAACAUGAAGAGAAUUAGACAAAAUAAUUGUUUAAUUUAACCUGAAAAAUAAUUUCACACAUUGAGCAGCAUUUUGGGCAACCUUGUACCCAGGCUAUUUUCUCAUUUGCUCUGAUGCGACAGUAUGCAUUUGGGGCUGAAAACGUUUAACCCUACGCAACAGAAUAGCCUUUCACAUGUUGGGUUUGUAGGCACCCAGUGUUCAGUUCAUUUCAAUGAAAAUCUGGCACAGUGAGCUUCUGCCAUCUACAUGUAGCACUGCAAUAGCAUAAUGAAAAGUAUUCUAUCCUAUGCAGGAUACAAAAUUCAGUGACAACUGUGUGUGACUGAGGAUUGGGAUAAAACAGCUUUUUAGUAAGUUGGAUAUCGCUACGAUAACGGCUCUCUCAAGGCCAGAAUGUGACUUGUUACCAUUACUUUUCAGUUACAAGUUACCUUCCCAAAAAAGUAACUACAGUACAUGUACAGCAGGUACCGUUACCGUUACUAAAAAAUGUAACAAUUACAUGUAACUAGUUACUUGCAACAAAGUUACUCACAGCACUGGUUACUGUAACAUAUUAAUCUCUUUUAAUUGCUUGUUUAUUUAGAGCCAUAUACCUCUGUUUGUCAAUCGGUUAGAUUCUGUGGAGACCAUCAUUCCAUAUGAAUACAGCAGGUUUGUUUAAAAAUGAAACUAAACAAAAAAAUCACAAGUAAACAAAAUUUCACAGUUACUACUGUCCCCCAUUUCUUUGAAGUUUGCCUAGUAUGCAGAUCUACACAAUACUGUAUGACAUAUUGUGCUAGGCCUUUAAUUGGGCAUUAUUUAUAUUACAGUAGAAACCAUGGAUCUUGAUACUUGUCAGCCCAAAACAGUAUGUUUGAUGUUUCAACUGAAUACUGGUACACUUUGUUAGGACAGUACAGUUCAUAAUGGUUUCAUCUGUUUCUGUUUGUUAAAUCUGUGUACAGUACAAGUAGAAUUUUAAAACUCUCUUGGUUGUGCAUUCCCUUGUGAAUCUCCAGUAUCCCUGCUCUUAAUUUAGCAAAAUUUCUGUGAUGUAUGAAAUUUUCAUGAUGGCAGUUGUUGUGUUUUACAAACCAGUGAUCCCUCUGGUAUUUCUGCAUGCCCAUGUUGGAUGAUGCUUGCUGGCUUAUUGUAACUUACAGUUUUAUUUGGAUCAGUUUCAUCCCAAAACAUACAGCAGUUUUUGUGCAAAUGUAUGAAAAAUCACUGUAGAAUAUUAAAAUUUGUUUAGAUUUGAUUUUUGUGCUCCUACUAAUCAGGAUUAUGCUCCGUCCGAAAAUCUUGGUCAGGUACAUUAUAAAUUGUGUUGUAUUGUAUGAUUGUAUGGUAGUUACAUAAUGAAUGAGAUUAUUUGAACAAGAUUGAGAUAAUAUUGUAUAUUCAGCUCAUGCAGUAAUACUAAUGUAGUUUUUUAAACCUCCAAUAUUAGAGCCCGGCCUUCCUUACCAAAUACAGUUCAAAUUCAGGCCGAUGUUCAGUCACUGUGAUGACUUUUUCAGUACAGCAUGAAUGUUCAGUUAGGGAUGAAAAAGUAGAUACAGUAUAUGCAAUGAUUGUACACUGAAAAUUGCUUGACAUACAGGUAUCAUACUGUAUGCCGAGUAUCUAAGGAAAGAUAUGAUAACAUACACUUACUACAGCUCGAACAGUCUGCCAGUGUUGGUAGUGCCAGAAAUAAGAAAGUUUUGGAUUGAUAGGAAUACAACUACAAUACCUGAAAAAUACAAGGAACACUUUGAUGUUUCAAGUGAAGGCCCUUGAACGGGAAGUUAUACUGCAACCAAUUUAGUCAUUUAGUCUAGUAACUUCCCGAUGAAGUGCCUUUGCUUCAAACAUCAAAGUCCUCAUAAUGUAUUUUUCAGGUACUAGUUGUAUCCCUAUCAAUAUGAAGCUUACUUUCUACAGCUUCUCUGUGUUUACCUGAAAAUCCUUCAGACCAUCUGUAGAGAGGAAACCACUGGACAUUCUGUCCGACCUAAGUGAAACUGAGAUUUAUUGUUUGUCCAACCCGAGUGAUUUGGUGUCCGACCGAACUGUAGCUUUGUCUGACGCUUUCUCCACACAGGUAAAUCAAAAUGUACUGUACCCUAGUCCAGCACUAGAGGCUCGUAUGUUAUAAUGGAGAAUUAGAGUAUUGUACAAAAAUGAAUCGGAAAUGUUUUUAAUAAUGUCACCGAGCCUGGGGUGGCGAGCGAAAUGGUGAAGUGGAAAACGGGCUUAACUUGUCGAAGUCGUACUGCUAUUACUGGCAAGCAAGUUAAUCUUGACAACAUUUAGUUCAGAAUUAAUACAUUGUGCUGAUAUUAAUUUGCGUAAUUCAGACUUAUUUCCGAGCCAAACUGAACUGAAUGUCAUCGGACAUCAUCAUCAUACAUAUGUCCAACCCAAACUCAAAGUCGUCGGACAUUUCAUCAGACGGCCCUGUAGGAUAAAAAUACAAAUCAUUAUAUACAAGACUUAUUGUAUAACAGGGAAGGAGGUAACGUAAUUGGAUAAACCUAGUUUAGAAAAUCGUAUAUCAACGUCAAUAAUUAAACAUAUGCCAACUUAGUUGCAGAGCAUUCUUAUUUCUUAACCAAUGUAAACAAAUCCUAAAUUAUUUUGAAUUAGCUGUGCCUAAAAAAUUAUUAAUUAUUGCAUCAAACAUGUCCUCAGUAGUACCUGUAGCUAUUUUUUGUUCUAUCUGAAAUUCUUGUCUCUUUUCAUAUUAUCUUAAAAUUCUUGUCUCUUUUUUCAUAGGUUGUCUUUGGUGAACGAAUUCAACCAUCAGCCUAUAAUGUAAGUGUGAAAACAUAAGUUUGCUCUUUUAAUCCACCAAGUUCUCUUUAGUUCACAUUCCCAUGUGAUAAGCAACAAAACAUAAAUAAGUCAUCGAUGAAGUAAAAGACGACCAAUCAUGUGCAUAACAUUCGUCAAUGUAACAAGACUGUGUUUCAGCAGAAAUUGCGUCAAGUGUAAAAGGCCUACAAUUCCUGUAAAAUUUCCCUUCGACUCUUAAGGGUUCAAUUUCUCCAUUUUUUUGUGCAGUACAAUGUUGCUUCCAGUUAAGAGGACGAAAUAUUGUUAUAAUUAUAUUUCUUUUCAGAUAACAUUCAAAGAUGAUAAAUGUGACAGAGCAUGUGAUAAGCGAUAUACUAAAGAGGAUGUCAAGGGUGAAAAACUGAACUUCAUUAAAAAUGGAAUAAGAUUAAACUACCAGCACCACUGGUGA